AUGGCCGACUUAAGUACAUUGUUGCAACAGAGGUCACAGAUAGAAAUUACGUUUGACAUUAUAUUUAAAUAUGUUACUAGCUUUAAAGGCGACAAUAUUGCCGGUUUAAAUAUACGCAAACAGAAAUUACUAGAAAUGUUUCAUCGGAUCGAGGAAAUAUAUGUUGAAUUAGAAUUGCUCGAGCCCAAAAAGUACUCAGUAGAAUUCCGCAAAUAUUGUGAGAAACAUUUAGAUUUAUUGACUAGGAUUGACGAAUUAGUCCAAGAUAACACCGUUGAUAACAAACAAGCUAUUGAUAAUAUAAUAAAACCCAAUAAUCCGCAGGUUAAAUUACCUGACAUAGUAUUGCCGAGGUUCAAUGGCGAAUAUAAUUCAUGGGUUGAGUUCAAAGAUAUUUUCAUUUCAUUAAUACAUAACAACAAAAAUUUAACAGAUGUAGAAAAGUUGUAUUAUCUAAAAGGUUCAUUGUCUUCUGGCCCGUCUAAAUUGAUAGCGAAUUUAACCAUGACAAACCAAAACUAUGCCAUAGCUUGGAAUUCAUUGACACAGCAUUAUGAUAAUAAACUUUUCAUUAUUAAUGCACAUUUGUCAUCAUUAUUUAAUUUACCAAAUUUAACUAGAGAUACGUUUGAACAUUUAAAUUCAUUUUUAAAUACUGCUCGACAACAGGUGCUAUCACUAAAAUCAGUCUAUGAUGACGCUAAGUAUUGGGAUUUAGUCUUUAUAUUUUUAUUCACAAAAAAGUUGGACGAUAAAACCUGCUUGGCAUGGAAUUUACAUAGGAAUACAGAUUUGCCUACUUUAGAACAAUUUUUUGAAUUUUUAACAUCACGUAUUUCAGCCUUGGAGGCGACUUUUAGAUCAGAACCUUCUAGUAGUAAAUCAAAAUUUAAUUCAAAACCCGUUAAUUUCAUUAGUAAACAAAAAUCCAAGCGAAUUUGUCCAUUUUGCAAACGAAAUCACCCAUUAUUUAAUUGUGACGCAUUCAAAAAAUUGUCUGUCCAAGAACGCAAGAAAUUUGCAAAUAAAAAUAAUUGUUGUGAGAAAUGUUUGGAUGGUUUUCAUGCCUUAGCAAGUUGCAAGUAUACGGGUUCAUGUAGGGUAUGCAAAUCCGAAUUGCAUAAUACUUUGCUACACAGUGCACAAAGUGAUCAGAUUAGUCACCAAGUAGAUAAGCCUUCUGAUAAGCCACCGACGAUUUUGUUAGCUAAUUGUAAAAAUAACAUUCAAACCUUGUUAUCUACUGCCAUUGUAAGGGUUUAUGAUUCAUUUGGUAGAUCAUUCAAUGUACGGGCAUUAUUAGAUAGCGGUAGUCAAAUAAAUAUUAUUUCGGAGUCACUUGCCGACCGGUUAAAUUGCACUCUAAAUACAGUAUCAAAUUCUUUAAGUGUUUUACAUGGACAUUCGUUAUUUAGUAAUAAAACAGCUACUAUAAAAAUAUUUUCAAAUGCUUCUACGUUUUCUAGAACCUUAGAUUUUGUUGUUUUAAAAUCAAUCACUAGUAAUUUGCCGUCCGCUGAUAUUAAUAUAAACGAUUGGAAUAUUCCCUCACACAUUAAAUUAGCAGAUCCUCAUUUUUAUAUUUCAAGCCCUAUAGAUAUGUUGAUAGGAGCUGAACUCUUCUUCGACAUUCUACAACAGGGUUCUAUUAGGUUAGGAAGUUAUCACCCGAUUUUACGUAACUCCAAGUUUGGAUGGAUUGUUUCGGGCAAUUACAAUAGUGUUGAAAGGUCUAAGGAAUAUGUAGGUUUGAUAACACAUUCUAAUUUUAAAUUAAAUGAGAAUUUAGUUAAAUUCUGGAAUUUGGAAGAAAUACCUGAGACAAAUAUGCGCCUUUAUGGUUUAAAUAAAAUUUGUGAAGAGCAGUUUCUAUCUAGUGUUUCUAGAAUUAAUAAUAGGUUUGAAGUUGCCUUGCCCUUUACACCAGAUUAUCAAGGACAAUUAGGUCAUUCAUAUGGUGUUGCACAUAAGAGAUUUCUUUAUUUAGAAAGGCGUUUUUACAAGAAUCCCAAUUUAUAUAAACUUUAUCGUGAGUUUAUUCAUGAAUAUAUUUCUAUGGGGCACGCCGUUCAAACAGAUAUUCCAAAAUCGGACAUUUUAGAUACCUUUGAUUCUUCCACCAGUCAUAAUCAUUAUUAUAUGCCACAUCAUGCUGUUUUUAAAAAUUCAGAUUCUAAUAAAAUACGCGUUGUUUUUGACGCAUCGACUAAAACUUCGUCGGGAAAGUCUCUUAACGACAUCCUUCUAGCUGGUCCAAAAUUACAGAAGGAUUUAUUUUGCAUUUUGCUAAGAUUCAGAUCGAAGCCUUUUGUUUUCAUAGCUGAUUUAAUUAAAAUGUUUAGACAAAUAAAUAUUAAAAGAGCCGAUCAGGAGUAUCAAAGGAUUCUUUGGAGGGACUCUCCUUCGGAAGAAAUAAGAUGUUACAGGCUUACAACUGUAACUUACGGAACGGCUUCAGCUCCAUAUCUUGCGAUAAGAUGUUUGAAUCAUUUAGCCUUUGAAGAAAAAGCCACAUUCCCGAUUGCUUCACAUGUACUUUUAGAGGACAUUUAUGUCGACGACAUAAUUACUGGUGCUAAUAGUAUAGAACAUUUACAGCGUACUAAAAUUGAAUUAAUUAAGUUAUUAGAAUUAGGCGGUUUUUGCUUACAUAAAUGGGCUUCAAAUAUUCCAAGUUUUUUAAAUGAUAUUCCUUUGCAAUUGAGAGAAUUUAAUAACCCUAUCUUCACUGACGAUAAAAAUUCUAUUAACACCUUAGGCUUAUUAUGGAAUCCAAAACAGGAUCACUUUCUUAUUUCAGUUCCCACUUUUAAAUUUAAUAAUUGUACAAAGCGAGUUAUUUUAUCUGUGAUAUCACAAAUUUUUGAUCCUUUAGGACUGAUCGCACCUGUCGUUAUACAAGGAAAAUUGAUUUUACAAGAACUUUGGAAAGAUAAGAAAGAUUGGGAUGAAAGUGUUUCUGCAAACGUUGAAAAUAAGUGGUUCAAGUUUGCCACAAAGUUAGGGACAUUAUCACACUUAGUUAUUGAUCGUUGCGUUUUUCAUCACAAACGUAUUAUAAGUAUUCAACUUCAUGGUUUUGCUGAUGCGUCUUCAUAUGCUUAUGGAGCAUGCUUUUAUGUUAAAACCACAUAUGAAGAUAAAACUACGAGUGUGAAACUACUGUGUGCGAAAUCAAAAGUUGCACCUUUAAAACCGAUAACUUUAGCGAGGUUGGAAUUGUGUGCUGCAUUAUUAUUGGCUAGGUUGUUCAGAAGGGUGAUUGAUAACAUUGAUAUAAAUUUUGAAAAGGUUUUACUUUGGAGUGACUCGAACAUUGUCUUGUCAUGGAUCGCUGGCGAUCCAAAUAGAUGGCAUAUUUUUGUGAGCAAUAGAGUAGGAGAAAUUACUGACAUUACUCCCGGCACAAUCUGGAGACAUGUGCCUUCUGAUUUCAACCCAGCAGAUCUAAUUUCACGAGGCUUAUCCGCAGAUCAAUUAAAAACUUGUGAGCUAUGGUGGAAUGGCCCAAGUUGGUUGUCUGAGGAUACUGAUAGGUGGCCAAAUGUUGAUCCUUCUUUAGACGCUGUUCUACCCGAACAAAGAGUUCUAUUAGUUAAAGAAAACAGCAGUUCUUUUCUUGAUACUUUCUGUCAGCGAUUCUCUUCGCUAAGGAAAAUGACUAGAGUACUAGCUUACUGCUUAAGAAUGAACCCUUAUAUUAAAAGGUCGAUAGGUCGUGGUGAUCACAAUACGUUAUCGGUCCCAGAAUUAGAUAAUGCGUUGAAGGUAAUUUUAAAAUUGGUUCAGUUAGAAACCUUCACAAAAGUAAUAAAAAAUCUGCAAGAUAGUAAACAUACUCCUAAUCUUAAAUUGAUGGCGGAAUUGAAAUCGCUUCAUCCUUUCUUAGAUAAGUCAGGUUUUUUGAGAGUGGGUGGUAGGAUAGAAAUGCUGAUGUUUCUUAUGAACAAAAGCACCCAAUAA